CCGGGCCGUGCCCGGGCGGGCGGAGCCGCCGCCGCCGCCCGCGACGCUGCGGAGCCCGCGGAGGGAGCGCCUCGCAGCCAUGGGGAACCGAGAGGCGCUGCCCAGCCGCCCGGCUUGCCGCACUGGUGCUGUGCUCUCUUUUGCUUGCCAUGACUCUUGCCAAGCAUGGUGCCAGAUCAUCAACGUGUCUGAAUCCCACUCAUCUCUCCUCGCCUCUAUGAAUGGGACUCUCAAUGAAACGAAUCGGAGCAUUUCCACACCUACUGGAAGCAAAUAUCGCCUCUAUGUUGGCUUGGCUUUGGCAAUAAGUUCUAGUAUCUUUAUUGGUUCUAGUUUCAUACUGAAGAAGAAGGGACUUUUGAAACUGGCGGUCAAAGGAGUCCCCCGAGCUGGACAGGGUGGAUAUUCUUAUUUGAAGGAAUGGCUCUGGUGGGCUGGAUUGCUAUCAAUGGGAUUAGGAGAAGCUGCAAACUUUGCUGCCUAUGCCUUUGCACCUGCAACCUUAGUUACCCCCUUGGGCGCGCUGAGUGUUCUCAUAAGUGCUAUAUUGUCAUCCUAUUUUUUAAAUGAGAAGCUGAAUAUUCAUGGGAAGCUGGGCUGUGUACUGAGCAUUUUGGGAUCAACGGUCAUGGUUAUUCACGCCCCUGAGGAGGAGGAGGUCACCUCACUAGAUGAGAUGGAAAGAAAGCUGCAAGAUCCAGCGUUUGUUACGUUUGCUGUUCUCCUAACAGUUGUUGCCCUCAUGCUGAUUUUUAUCGUGGCUCCAAGGAAAGGUCAGACAAAUAUACUGAUCUACAUUUUAAUUUGCUCACUCAUUGGUGCCUUCUCCGUCUCAUCUGUGAAAGGCCUGGGUAUUGCCAUUAAAGAAAUGCUGGAGCGGAAGCCAGUUUAUCAACAUCCAUUGGUUUACGUUUUGGUGGGCAUCUUAGUGCUCUCCAUCAGCACUCAGAUCAACUAUCUCAACAAAGCGUUGGACAUGUUCAAUACAUCUCUAGUAACACCUAUUUAUUACGUGUGUUUCACCACAACAGUUGUGACAUGCUCCGUCAUCCUGUUCAAGGAGUGGAGUAGUAUGGACCUGGGUGAUAUCAUUGGAACCAUGAGUGGAUUCUGCAGUAUCAUCAUAGGCAUUUUUCUACUGCACGCCUUUAAAAAUACUAAUAUCACCUGGAGUCAGUUGAUGUCUACUGUUGCCAAAGAACCAUCAUUACCACACCAUGAGUACGAAACCUGUCACACUUUACUGGAGAGUAUGGAAGACCCAGCUUUGCUGUAUGAGGAGGACAAUGUUUUAUUCAGUCAAUGAAACUCUCAGGCAGUGUUCAUCAUUGAAGUAUCAUGAAUUGCAGACUCAGCCCACCUCUGUCUACCAGAAUGCUCUUUUCUGCAAUCCUCUGGAAAACUGUAUGGCCAGUUAAGUCUGGGCCACUCCUCUGUGCCAGCUGUUGGUAGUAAUGAGUGAAAAUGUUCAAUAAUUAACGUGACAGACAGAAACCUGGUGGUGACUGUAUGUCAGGCAAUGAACAACCUUGUCCUUUUUUUAUGCAGUAUCUCCUAUUGGAGAAUUUUAGCAGAAAUGGAUGGUCUUUGUAAGCUAUGUUUACAAAGUACAAUUUUCCUAUCGUGAUAAAAGAUAAUCCUUGCUGAAAUGACAAGCACUCUGUUAUUAUUUUAGUGAUGGCCUUAAUAUUUCAGGCUUUCUUUAUAUUUUUAUAAUUUAUUGCCAAGCAAACUUGUAGAUAGUCUACCUGAAGGAUAUUCAUUGGAAAUAUAAUAUGAAGAAGAUAUUGUUUAACCCUUUUAGCUUUUAAUAUAAAAUUUUAUGCAAGUUUUCUUCAUUUUUGAUGACCUACCAAUGAAUCUCAAAUAAAAGUCACCAAAAAAUUAAUGAAAUGUGGUUCUUGGUGACCGUUCUCCUUCAAAACCCAUUUUUAACAGCAAAGUCUUAGCUCUUCUACCUUAGGAGGCCUGAAUGGAUUACAAAUCCCUGGACGUGCACGUACCUUUUUAUUUCAAAACUAUGACCAAGUUACAUUGUAAGAAAAUGCAAAUUCAUUAGAGGCCUGAACACAGUUGCUAUUGGCUUAAAAAAUUACAUGAGAUAAAAGAAUAAAUUAUUCAAAGGCAGAAGAAAAACAGAAUGUGCAUUUAAGAAUUUCCACUCUGUUUUAUACUACUUUGAGGCUUAAGAAGGGGCUUUACUUAUUUCCAUACUUCUUCCUAAUGUUUCCAUCUAUUCAUCAAAACCCAUUUAAACUUUUCAAAUUUUUUUUCUCAUUUUCUGGAAAGAUAUAAUUGUUUCUUAAUAGCAAAACAGUCCUGUUAUUUUAUAUUCCGUUAUAAAAGCAAAGUCCAUUUUCCACUCCGUGCGCUAAUUCUAAAAAGACUAGGUAAAGAAAGGGCUGUAAACAAGGGGUAAGAAACAUCAAAACAUCUUUUCUUUUAGUUUGGCCUUUUCAUCUUUUCUAAAAAUGAGUAUUCACCUCUAUUAGAUGUUUUAGCUAUUAAUCCACCGUAGGCCAUGAAGAUUAAUAUCUGUACCACAGUAUGCUCCUCAGUUGUGGUCACUGAUCUUUGUCUUAUGAAAACAGCUUGCACAGUCCAUGGUUUACUCAUUACAAUCCCCUUUGUUGCCACUUUGUGAGCAAAAAAGUAGCUUCAGCGAUCAGAUGUGUGGGUCAUGACGAGUUCUUCAGAAAGGUAGGAUUUCCAGUUCUGGGGUUUUUAAGUGUGAGUCCAGAACCUUUGCCAGAAGUUGCUAGCAUUUCAGUGAUUAAAAACUGAUAUUAAUAGCUGAGAUUUAUAUGCCAAGCAGAACGUUCUCAUGAAGCAGGCUGUACAUUCUCUA